UCGGAGCCUGGGUCUAGGCGGAGCUCGGGCGAGGUUCCCAGGUCCCAGGCCAUGGGUUUUCUGCGGUGCUGGUUGCUUUGGGUGCUCCCUCAGGUUUGGGGAAGUUCUAAGGUCCUGGAAAGCCGGCUCCCUUUGCGUGCCCUCCAGAUCUCCUCCUUUGUCAACAGCAGCUGGAUGCGCACCGAUUGCUCGGCAUGGCUAGGGGAUCUGCAGACGCACCGCUGGGACAACGCCUCGGACACCAUUGAAUUUGUGAAGCCUUGGGCUCAGGGCAAACUGAGCCUUCAUCAGUGGGAGAAUCUACAGCAUAUAUUUAGGGUUUUUCGAAGCAGUUUCACCAGGGACAUACAGGAAUUUAGCAAAAUGCUACAAUUCGACUAUCCUGCUGAGCUCCAGAUCUCUGCUGGCUGCGAGGUGUACCCUGGGAAUGGCUCAGAAAGCUUUCUGCAAGUAGCAUAUCAAGGAGAAUAUAUCCUGUGUUUCCAGGGUUAUUCUUGGGAGGCAGCCCCAGAUGCUCCGGCUUGGAUAAAGUUGGUCAUCAAAGUGAUCAAUGAAGACCAAGGGACAAUAGAAAUAGUGCAGAAGCUCCUCAAAGACACCUGUCCCCAGUAUGUCAGAGGUCUUAUAGAGGCAGGAAAAUCAGAACUGGAGAAGCAAGUGAAGCCCAAGGCCUGGCUGUCCAGUGGUCCCAGUCCUGAGCCUGGCCAUCAGCGGCUGGUGUGCCACGUCUCUGGCUUCUACCCAAAGCUUGUGUGGGUGAUGUGGAUGCGAGGUGAGCAGGAGCAGCUGGACACCCAGAAAAGUGACAUCAUGCCCAAUGCUGAUGAGACCUGGUAUUUCCGAGCAACCCUGGAUGUGGCGGCUGAGGAAGAUGCAGCAGGCCUGUCUUGUCGAGUGAAGCACAGCAGUUUGGGAGGACAGGACAUUGUCCUCCACUGGGAUAGGAGCCACACAUCUGUGACCAACAUUGUCUUGGGAGUGCUGGCAUUUCUGGUCUUCCUUGGGUUCCCUCUAGGCUUAAUCUUGUGGUUUAGGAGACGCCGCUCCUAUCAGGAUAUACUGUGAUUCUCCUGGCCAUGUCUGCCCCUCUGCAACUCAGGACCUCUAGUUCCCAGGACUUCAUUCCUGGUCUGCUCAGGAAUUGAGGAUGAAGAAGUGAAGAAUACUUAUGGCAUCCUUUAAACCCCAGUCAUAAAGGAACUGGAGUUCUUUUUGACUAUGGAAAUUUAUAGGCCCAAGUGGUUUUUGUACAAACAGAAGUGCGAACUCAGAUGCCUACCAGAAUCAAGCAGACAAGGACUAGAGUGUAAGUGCCUGUGGUUCUGAGCUGGAAAGCACACAUCCUGUCCUAACGUAGUAGCUGCAGUGGUUUGUUGCAGGCACAAAGUCAACCCUGGUUUGGUUGUAACCUGCGUUUGUCAAGAAAACAAACUGCAUUUUUUUCCCCCCUGACAUACUUACA